GAUUUGGUCCGAAACAGCGGCUGGUCCUAUUAUCCGGUGGUCCAAUUAACCUGAUUCGUCCAAUAACCACUUCAAGAAAGGCAGUGACAGAGAAACCAUUUACAAAAGAGGAGGAAAUACUUGCAAACAUUGACAAGAGCUAUUCAAAAGAAGAAAAGACAUUUUCCAAGAAUAUAGCUGUCAUUACAGAAGAAAGCAGUAAGUCUCAGUUUUUCAAGGAAAAUAAGGAAAUUAAUGAAGACAAGGAAUUGCCAAGAAAAGAAAAGUCACCGCCCAAAGAAAAUAAUUGUGUGUCUGAAAAUACAGAAUCUGUGAGUGUAGAAAAUGAAUCUAAAGAAGCAUUAGAUCUUAAAGAAGACAGUAAUGCUGAAGAUACUCAUAUCGAAGCCAAAGGAGAGGUUCAACCUGAAAGAACUGAAACUUUCUCUAAAGUUAAUGAAUUACAUACAACUGAGGGUAAAACAUCUGAAGAUGAAAAGUCAAAACCAUUCAGUGAUAAAGUAGUAGAAGAGAAUGAAUCUACACUUGGUCAUGACUCAUUUUCAAAGGAGAAAAAAGCUGAAGUUGAUGACUCUGCAUCAGAAAACAGCAAGAAUGAGCUACAAAUUUCACAAGAUAGUGCAGAAAUUAAACGAACAGAAAAUACUGCUGCGUCGAAUUUUGACGACGCAGUAGAUACUCUUCCUUCUAAAGAUACUUCUAAUGAAGUUGAAGAUGAUAAAUUACAGACUGGGGCUGAUUGGGUGGAUGAACUUCCUACACCUACCAAAGGUAGGAAGAGAGGGCAGACAACACCAAAACAGCCUCGUCGUGAGAAGCAGCCCAAAAAGCCCAGACAGGCUUCAGACACUCCGCCAAAAACAAAAGGUCGUAAAAAAGCUGAAAAAUUUGAAUUUGAUGAUGGAGAAGAAGGUAAUUCUCAACGAAGAGUAGCAGGUCGUACUUCAUCAAGAACCAACAGACAAACACGGCAAGGAUUAUCACUUGAGGACUUCAUUGUUAGUGAUGAUGAUGAAUGGCAGAGUGAUCGAUCCGAACCAAAACAGAGGCGCAAAAGAGGUUCCAAAAGAGGUGAUGAUUCUGGAAGUGAUUGGGAAGUGGAACACAAAAAGUCAAAGAAAACUACUCAUAAGGUUGGGUCUGGUAGUGAAUCUGGUAGUGAUUGGGGAAGCCAGAAAAAGAAAAAGGGCCCAAAAGGAAAGAGAAGAAAAAAUAAAAGGGCAAGUGAAGCAGGCUCAGAAGAAGAAGCAGAUCAAUCCAGUUCUCAAGUAGUCAAACUUGAUAAACCAAGAAUUCCUUGCACAUAUGGUAAAAAAUGUUAUAGGCGGCAUCCAAACCACUUGGAUCAGUUUAGUCAUCCUGGUGAUUCUGAUUAUGCUUCUGAACCUGAAAGCAGUCAAAGCAGUCAAAAAAAUGAUAAAAAUGAUGCAAUAAGUGAGAGUGAGGGUGAGAGUACUAAAAAAGAAUGCCCUUAUGGGGCAAAUUGUUUUAGGAAAAAUCCCCAGCAUAAGAAAGAUUUUAAGCAUACAAAAAAAGUCCGCCCACAACGAGAAGCCGCUAAGCAGGCUGAUAAGAAAACAAAAAGUUCCAGAAAUAGUGAUGACGUUGACAGCUAUGACUUAAACGAUAGUUUCCUGAAUGAUGAUUCUGCGGAUGAGUAUAAACCUGUGGACUCUGGUUCUGACUAUGAAAGUGGUGAAAAAAUGAAAAGGUUUGCAAAGGGAAAAGCAGCCAAGAACAAAAAAGGGAAAAAAGUUUGAGUGAUUGCUGUUGAUGUUAUUUGACUCAUGAAGUUCAAAACAGUGUGGUGUAUCAAAAAAUCAUUAUCAUCUACAUCUUCUGACCAUACAAAUUUGCAUCUAUACACAAUAAAAAGUCAGAUAAUUCCACUGGAACAACUAUAUGUGUUGAUUCAUUCAAGUUCAUCAUUUUAUGUCAUACCGUCAUUGGCUUCUCUUGAAGCUGUAUUGCAUCAUAUGCUUUAUUAAAGUGAUAUGCAUGUUAUCAUAAAUCAGAUAGUUUAUCUAUACUUGUGUGGAAGAAAGCUGAAUUCAUGAUGGAACUAUGCAAGGAAGGUUAUCUAUGCAAAGUUUGUAAAAAAAAAAAAAAAUGAAAAAUACCCAUUUAUUUAGUUGUUUUGUUAUAUUCAAAUAGUCCUAAAAUUUUAUUGAAUGGACAGAAGUAAUGAAUAAUGAAUUGGCCUAGUCAUUUUAGUUUUUCAUCCUGUGUUAAUCUUGAGGUAUGUUGUUCCUUAAAAAUUAAACUAUUUCGUUAUUCUUCCCAGUGUUUAUACAUGCCCUAUUGGUGUUUGAUCUACCCACAAAAUGAAAUAUUUUGUUAAAAAAUUACUUGAAAUUGGUUUAAUUUUUUUUUUUUUUUUUUUUUUUUUUUUUUUUUUUUACAUUUAUAGUUUCAGAAAUUUACAGUUUGAAUUGUUUAAAAAAAUUAUAGUUGAUUUUAAUAAUUGUGUUGAGGUAAAGUGAGUUUUGUUAUUUGUAAAUAUAUAAUGUGAGAUGUAUAAACUAAAUAUUGUACAACAUUGAUAGCCAUGUUUGAAAGUGCUUAAUGUCUUAAUUAAUGAUGCAAAUAUUUAUUUUUGUAUCAUAUGCUCAUUUUCAUUGUGUUAUAAAAAUAUAGCAUAAAAUGCUCAUAUUUUUACAUUGUAAAAUGUAGAAUCUCCUUGCUAUUAUUUUGAUGGCAGGUAAUUAUUUUACUCAUCGAACUAUGUGGAGUGUUUUCCUGUUCAGCAGCAGUGUUAUAGUACAAAAUGUAAAAUAAAGGUACUGUCUUCUAUUUGAAGAAAAAAAUGUUGCCUUAAAUAUUUGUUGAAAUUAACAGGGAUGUAACAUACUGGUUAAUUGAUUAAUUUGGUUAUUAAAUAUGUUUGAAUUUUGUAAGUUUCUCUGCCUAAAUGCAUAAUUUUUAUUUUCCUAAAUAGUAUCAGCUCUUCAUUUUUAUGAAAAUAAUUUUAACUGUUUUUAGUUAUAUUAUUUAUCACUGCAAAGUAUUUUAGAACUCUCACCCUUGGGUUACAUGCCAUUAUUGAGAACUUUCUAAAGGAAAAAGUGUGUGUAUUCAUGUUGCAUGGAAAAAAUUUCUUACAGCCAGCUUGUUCAUUAUCAAGAACAAAACCUGACAUACAUUACCAAGUUCUGGUCUUAUCCACUUAGUCAUGGAUGAGCCCUAUUUUUUGUGAUAACAAAUUAGUGAAAUUUUUCAGAUUCUUCAAUGAAUUUAAGUUUGGCACUGCUCUGAUAUUGUGUGUGUCAUAUUAAUUUGAGAUUAACUUUUUUUCCAUAAUUUACAUUUUGAAAAUUUUGUUUUAACGAAUUUAGCUGUUCAAGGCAUCCUAAAAUAAAAUGUAGUUAAAGGCUUAGUCUUGUUCACUAAACUCAUUAUUUAAUGAAGCAACAUUUUUCUCUUUUGCUUUGUCAUUGAAGCAGCUUUCAUAUAUAUAAUUAUAAAAGAAGUCGUAUUAUGGUUUAUUAUAUAGAGACAGUACAUUUCUAAUAGAAAAUGGUGUUGGUUUAAAACCAAUUUACUCCUGUAAAUAGGCAGAUUUUAUCAUUAAGCUUGCAAUUAUUUGUUACUGAUAGAUAUUUGAAAAAGGUUUCUUUUUGCUCCUGUAUUGUUUACUUCAUAAUCAAAGUUCAACAUGUAUGUGUGUGAAUGUGUGACUCUUAGAUGGCAAAUUUGUUUAAUCUUGCAAUGUCUCUUUGAUGCAGCUUUCUUCCAUACUUGAAGAUCAUCAUUUCAUAUCCAUAGUUUUAGAAUACAUCAUAUUAGAAUCGACACUUCAUGUGCAUGUUUUGUGUAUUGUCAGUUAGUUGUGUUGUGUAGAUACUGUUAGAUGUCUCUCCAAGUUUUUAGAAUGGUUUUUUGCAUAAAUACUUUUCAGCAGUUGGGAGGGGGCCGAAAAUGAGCUCUCUAGAUUUUUAGCCUAUAUAUUAAUAUAUGUUUGAACAAGCUGUGUUGCUUUCCUUAUUAAGAAAUGUAUCACAUUUAUUUUAAAUAUUUGUGUUGAUAAUUAAGGAAACUGUAAUAUGUGAUAAGCAUUUUCAUACAAAUUAGAAAAAAAUUAAAGCAAAAUAUAUAUCAUUUUAUAUUAUUGUUUUGUGAAUAUUUAGAAAUUGAAUAAACUGUGCUUCAAAUAAGGACAUUAAUUUCUGUAUUCUUUGAAGUACAGAUUAUGCACUUAAUAGUUAUUGCAAUUUUUAUGUGAUCUUUUAAUAUUAUCACAUAGUAUUAACUCAUUGACUGCCAUGCGUAUUUUACGUGGUUUGCCCAUGGCGCCAACAUGAAUUUUUUAUUAUGCAAUGUAUGUUAUGUUGAAAUAUUAUCUACAGAAGAUAAGUUGAAUUAUAUAAUUGUGUUUAUUGCAUUUUUCGUGGUGGGGUCACCUGUGACCCGAGGCACUGUAGACCAUUUUUUUCGAUUUAUUAUUCUUCAAACCAUUAUAGUAACAAUCGUAUUAUUUAAAAAAAAUUAUCAGUAUCGAUAUUUACUCUAAUCAUGUAUUUUUACUAUUGGUUGCGUCACCGGUGCCCCCUUGGUGCUGUAGCCAAGUUGAGUGCUGGCUACCAGUGCCCCCCCCCACAGCAGUCAAUGUGUUAAAAGAUUUUAUCAGUUUUUGUUUUUCAAGCCUUGAUAUUUCUAUUUUAUGUCUAUGAAUUCAACUAUGGAUUUGUUGCUGUUGCACCUUCCAACAGACAUGAAAUGGAAAAACUUGCACUGUUAAAUUUUUUUAGAGUAAUUGAUAUUUAUGCCUUAAAUUAAUGUUUUCUUUUUUAAAAUUAAUGUUUAAACAGACUUUAUUGUGUCUUUUUGUUUAAUAGUAGAAUAUAUUUCAGCACAUCUCAUAGUUUUUCAGUAUUCAUCUGUGUAAAAGAAAAUAAUUUUGAAAAAUAUUGAUUUAAUAUAUUUUUAAUUAUUAAAUUAUUAAUUUUAAUAUUAAUUCAGAAAAGAAAAACAAAAGACCUCUAAGCUAAACAUUUUGUGUGAUCAGUAUAAAUAAAAUUUACAUGAAUUUUGUUUUUGUAUUUAUUUUUCAGAGAUGUCUAAUAAUGCAGUUGAUCCUGUAACAGCACUGGUAAACUACACAGCUGUGUUUACACAUGAAUUCAUUUUAAUAAAUAUAAUGGAAAUUUGAGAUUUUAAUACACUUGAAAAAAUUAAAUGAACCAUGUGCAUAGAAAUAUUUUUAAAAAUGUAUAUACAAGUCUACUUUUUUAUUUACUUAUCAUGAAAUAUAGGCUUUGUCAAAAAAAAAAACUUUUAUUUUUAUAUUAAAUGAUAGUAAUAUGUGUAUCAUUAUCUAUAUUUUAAUCAUACAGUAAAAUGUGGAAAUCGAUAGUGAUACACAUUCAACUUGUAAAUUGAUGACAUAAAAUAUAAUAUAGAUGUAUUUUCUGUAUGAUUUCUCUCAGAAUUUUUUCCUACCUUUUUUUAUUAUAAGUUUACAGUGUCUAAUUUGCCUAACAUACAUAACAAUGUGUAUUAAUUAACUACUAUAUCAUUAUUAAGACUUCCAGUCUAUAAUGGGCUGUCAGUAAUUGUCUGGUGUGUUCCAUGUAUGUAGAUUUUGAACUACACGAUGGUUCCUUGCUCUGAACUCGUGCUGUUUAGAGUCAACUGUAUUUUAAAAUGUAUAGAAUGUUUAUUGAUACUGAAUUUCUAAAGGUUUUACCUGAAGCCUUAUAAAUCAUCACCUACCGAAAUCUCACAAAGAUUGUGUGGUGCAUUCUGUGUAAAACAUAAGACUUUUAUUACAAUUUAUUAUCUCAGUUGUUAAAAUCGUUUCAGUUUAAAGCAAAUAUGAGGCAUUGUACUUAGCUGUUUUAUACAUGUAUAUUUUACAAAACACUGCAUUCUUCAAUAUGGUAGUUCAUUUUUAUAUAAUAGUCAUAAAUAUACUCAAAAAUUGGAGUAUAUUAAGUGCAAUUUUUAUUAAAAAGUGAUUAUUUUAGCACUUAGUCUCGUAAGAGCUUAUACAAUGUCUUUAUUUCAUUUCUUUUCAGUAGGAAGUAACUAAUUCUUCAUUUGAAAGAUUUUUUAUACUUUUAAAAGUGUCCUUUUUUGCUUAUUUUUAAAAUAAAAUGUUAAAAUAAAGAGAGAUUUUUAAGAGGAUGAAUAUUGAAUAUGGAAUGUUCAAUGUAUGAAUUCUUUUCUUGCCAUUUCCUGUGCAUUUUUUAUAAGAUGAUGUUUUAUUUUGUGUUGGGUGUAUUUAGUGUAUAUUUGAGUUAGGGUUAUUUGUAUGUAGCAUGUAAAUUAUUUCUGUGAAAGUUUUUAUUUCUUAUUCAUAGAAAAGUAUCUUUUUUUUACUUGUUGUCUUGCUUUUAUUAUUAAAUGAGCGGCAUUUUAAAAAAGAUGAAAUAUUGCAAAAGUACUUUUCCAUAACUGUUAUAAAUUCCUCUCUGAAACCGAGUUUUUAUUGGUCUUUGUUUCAUAAUUUUUCUAAUGUUAAAACAUGCUCACUUAUUAGAUCCAAGAAUAUCUACAUUACUUGUUGAUGUAAAAACUAUAAUUCGGUGUUCUAAAAAUACUAAUUAUCAAUCAUUAAGAAAGGAAAAAAGAUUUUUGACUGGGAGUUGUUUUUAACAAAUGCAUGCAAAGGAUCUCUGCCUAAGGGGAGGCAUACCUUCAUGAAGGAUGGGUCUUAUCCACAUAAUACAUGGAGAAAGCCAUGGAAGCAUUUUAUUCAACCAGCCUGUUUG